CUAAAAUUAAAUUGGGGAUGAUGGAGCUUCUACUAUUGGUACAGCACUUGGUAAGUGCAAGUUCCUUACUAAUCUCGAAUUUUAAAUUUGGGAAAAUCAAAUUGGUGAUAGAGGAGCAUAAAAUAUUGGAUUAGGUUUAAGUAACUGCACUUAGCUUACAAAUUUAAAAUUUGUGAUAAGCUAAAAUUAAAUUGGGGAUGAUGGAGCUUCUACUAUUGGUACAGCACUUGGUAAGUGCAAGUUCCUUACUAAUCUCGAUUUUGAUAUUUA